AUGAAUGCUAUGAAUUGGAGGGACAGCGUGAGCUUUCUUGUUUGCCAAAUCAAAGUUGGACGGGUGAAGCACCAACUUGCAAAGGUGUGUGUUAUUGCUUUGAUAGUGAAAUCUUGCACUGAGCUUGUUACUCCAUCUAAUGGACAAAAGGACUCUAGCGACACCUCGUGUGGUACUACUGUAAUGUUUAGUUGUCGUGAAUGUUAUGACUUGGUCGGAUACAAUCAGUUGUCUUGUUUGCCGAAUCAAACAUGGAGCAGUGAAACACCAAAUUGCUCUCUGAAGUUUUGUCCUGCACUUGUGGCACCUGCUAAUGGAAGCAAAAACUCAAGUGACACAUCAUGUGGCAGUUCUGUAGAAUUUAGCUGUGAUGAGUGUUAUGAGCUGGAGGGACACCGCGUGCUAACUUGUCUUGUUGACAAUACAUGGAGCAGUAAAGAACCUAACUGCACACUGAAAUCAUGUCCAGCUCUUAAAAUACCUAUUAAUGGCAAAAAGGACUCAAAUGACACAGUGUGUGGUGCUGUAGUUGGAUUUCGCUGUAAUGAAUGUCAUGAGGUUCAAGGACACAACCAACUGUCUUGCUUGCCUAAUAGAACAUGGAGUGGAGAGGAACCCAAUUGCACAUAUGUUCAUUGUCCUGCUCUUGAAGCACCCAAUAAUGGAUCAAUAUUACAUCUAACUGAUAGUUAUCGUUGUGGAUCUACUGUUUGGUAUGAUUGUGAAAAUGGAUUUGGGUUGCUGGGGACAGCAUAUCGUGAUUGUGUUACAUCAGGACAAUGGCGUGGGAUUGCACCAUUGUGCCAACAUGUCUCCGAAUUAAGUAUAGAGUUGUUAGAGGCAUGGAGCUAUAUGCCUGUCAUGCCAGCGGUGGUGACUAUUCGAGUUGUAGACAGUGAGGCUGUUACUUUGUAUCAACGCAUCAGUGCUACAGAAAAUACUAUGCUGAUCGUUGUUCCACCUAAUACAUACUUGCUUAUUAGUGUAGAAGCGGAUGGAUAUCUGCCCAGUAGUGCUUCAUAUUAUACUCAUCAUCUAUCUGUGAACAAUUUACCAAUUUAUAUGCAACAACGGCAGGCAGACACUGUAUCUAUUAGUGUCGUGUCUAGUUCUGACAUCAAUGUCACAUUUCCUGAUUUUGGUUUCCGUUUCAUAAGACUCUAUGUUCCCGUUGGUUCUUUGGAUGUAGAUGUUGGAAGUCAGCUGAAUUUUACAAUCACUUCUGUCAACCUCACAGCUUCUGUGCAUGGUGUACCACACUUGAUUGGUGUUACUGACAAGAAUCAGUCGUCUCGGGUGAACCUGGAUGCUUAUGUGGCAGUUCAUGUGACUGCUGGAACUACUCUUACUUCACUAAGCAUCAAUUUGUUGAGCUCAGUGUGGUUGUACGUUCCAUUUGUGGUUGAUCAAUUUAGUGAUCAGCUUUCUGUCUGGUUUUACAACGAGAGUUCUGGAAUAUGGCAAAAUUCAGGCAAAGCUGUUGUCAUGAAACAAACAUUGAUGUUGGAAAUUACUCAGUUUGGCUGGUGGGCCGCAGCUGUUGAAUGGACCGAGACUAGCUGUACAUCAUUAGUUGUCAGUAGAACUUCAUCACACGGGAGCUCACCGACUCCGUUAACUAACAGUGUCAUUUCUUUGUCUGGUGUAGACUACACUUAUUUCAGUGUUAGAGGAACUGAUGCUGCUGGAGUUGCUUGCAUGGAGCAGAAAAGAGAUAGUUUGAGUGUUGUCCAAGUUGAAAAUAAGCAAUUUGGUGUCAGCAGUGGACCUAUUUUUGUAACGAGUCUGAAUCAUAGUCAAUGUGAUGAAGGAAGAUGGUUGAAUAGCAGAAGCUUACAGUUGAAUUGCACCAAACUUGAAAUUUUAUUUGCUAGUUGUGGCUCUCUUCCAAGUCCAAAUAAUGGUAGUGUAAUUCAACCUUCUGUGGUGUCUGUGCUAGGAGGUGUGCACCGACCUGCCAUUACAUCAUUUAUGUGUAAUGUGGGAUAUGAGUUAUCAGGAAUUUCGGAGAGAGUGUGUUUGGAAAACGGUUCAUGGAGUGGUUCUCAACCUACAUGCAAACUGGUAGAAUGUGAAGAACUUUCUAACCCUUUUAAUGGCAAAAGAUAUGGCGAAAUUCGAAUUUAUGAUUCCACAGUCAUUUUCUCUUGUGAUUUGGGUUAUUUUUUGAAUGGAUCAUCUAAUCGUACAUGCCAAGCCAAUGGCAUAUGGAGUGGACAUGAAACCAUAUGCCAUCCAAAAGAUUGUGGCAAAUUUCCUGAACUGCAGAAUGGUCGAAUAAGAGGAAAUAAAACGGUGUUUCCUAAUGUUCUUACGUUUGUUUGUGACGAGGGAUAUGAAAUUUCUGGUUCCUCAAUAUCUGAAUGUCAGGCAAAUGGAUUGUGGAGCUCACCUAGUGUACAGUGUAACGCUGUGGAUUGUGGCAAUCUUGAUGACAUUAGAAAUGGCAAGAAGAUUGGAACUACAAACACUACAUUAGGCUUUGAAAUAAGGUUUGACUGUAACCCGUGUUAUGAACUGGAAGGACCAACAACAAGAACAUGCCAGGCUAAUAAGACUUGGAGUGGUACAGAACCUUAUUGUAAUAUAAUUUAUUGCUCUGCACUAGAAGAACCUCAGAACGGAGAAAGAAUGGGAAAUGAAACAAUUUGCUCAGCACGUGUUGAGUUUAAAUGUGAUACAAGGUAUAGACUGAGUGGCUCCAGUAUUCGAACAUGCUUGGAAAACAGAACAUGGAGUGGACAACAGCCAACUUGUGACUUGGUUUACUGUGAAGAACUAUCAUCUCCAAGUGAUGGCUUUAAGCUGGGCGACGAGACAGUUGUUUUUUCUCAAGUUCUAUUUGGC